CGCCAACUGCCACGCAGGGCCCAUGUAUUUCGAAACUUGCCAACGUCUUGAACAACACUACCAAGUCGACUACUCCUCGCUUCUUUCUCUGCGGUGUCUACAAUCAUGGCCAAUAACAUUACACUUCUCUGGUGCACCUUCUCGGUUCCGUGCUGGCGGGUUAUGAUCGCUCUGGAGGAGAAAAUGUUGCAGGGAUACAACCAGACGCUGUUGGACUUCGAUAAAGAAGAGCACAAAUCUACAAUAGUCAUGGACCUCAACCCCCGGGCACAGCUCCCUACAUUCAAACACGGGGACUGCAUAGUGAACGAGUCCUAUGGAGCAUGCAUGUAUUUGGAAAACCAGUUCAGGUCCCAGGGGACCCAGAUGAUCCCUGAGGGUCUAGCCGAACAAGCCCUGAUGUACCAACGCAUGUUUGAGGGCCAAACCUUCUACGAGAAACUUAGUGAUGUGGUCUACUAUGAGUAUUAUGUCCCUCAGGGAGAGAGACAUGACUCUGCUAUCAAGAGGAACAAAGAUAACCUUGCGAUUGAAAUUAAACUGUGGGAGGGAUACUUUCAGAAGAUGGAGGCAGGCUCUUACCUGGCAGGAAAAGCCUUCUCGUUGGCUGAUGUCCUUGUCUUCCCCACCAUUGCCUACGCCUUCCGCUCUUGGCUGUCAGCAGAGCGUUACCCCAAACUGAGAGCAUACUACUCUAUGAUGAAGGACAGACCAAGUGUCAAAACUACCUGGCCCCCACACUGGCUGGAAGACCAGGAAAAACCUCAGUGGGGUGACUUUCUCAAAGAGCUCUGAGACUCACACCUACUUAAGGAACACACACACAAUUUUUAAAGUAUUUAUAGGCACUUAAAAUCUAUGUACACUAUAUAUACACAAGUAUGUGGACACCCCUUCAAGUUAGUGGAUUCGGCUGACAGGUGUAUAAAAUCGAGCACACAUCCAUGCAAUCUCCAUAGACAAACAUUGGCAGUAGAAUGGCCUUACUGAAAAGCUUAGUGACUUUCAGUGUGGUGCCGUCAUAGGAUGCCACCUUUCCAGCAAGUCAGUUCGUCAAGUUUCUUCCCUGCUAGAGCUGCCCUGGUCAACUA